CUGCCUUCUGUCUCUGCGCUUCAACGGAGUAGACCUAAACAAAUCAUUAAAAGAUAAAGAUUUUGUUUUCUUCAAAAGCAUAUCCUCUGUCAGUGUUACGCCGACAGUGUUUAUGAGACACGCGCAUAUUGUGGCAAACGGAGAGGAUAGAUCGCUCAUUUGGGAAGACGACGAAAAGUACUUAAAAGGCUCACUCGGCCACGGGUAGCUCAGCUCUGAACAUCAAAGUACAGGUCAUGCGGGUGUGUUCGGACAGGAAGAGAACUGUGAUCCAGUGCUGCUGCUAGUCGCCCCGGUGGACUGAUCGCUUUUGGCGCGAGCUGAGCAGGAACGACGGAAUAAGUAUGUCCCGAAGAAAACAGAGCAAACCCCGACAGAUCAAGCGAUCUAUUGGGGAUCUUAAUGGGAGUGAAGAUCCAUCUGAUGAUGUAAGCAUAUCAGGAGAGGAAGGCGGAGCUUCAGACCAGGAAGACUCUGCUGAGUGUGACGGUUCAAGUCCACCUUCAUGCACACCACUUUAUAAUGAAGAACCAAGAACGCACGAGUCUCUGGCAGGGCCGGAUGAGGCUGAGGAAGAUGAGAAAGGAUUUAAACACUGUACUGAAGAUGAGGAGGAGGAAGUUGGAGAAAGGGAAGAGGAACCCCAGUGGAAUGGACCAGAUAAUCUGAUGCUGAGUAAGGGUGCUGAUGACCUCAAGGUCCUGACCCUCAGGGACCUGUCAGCUGACACUGUGUGGGGUCCGUUUUCUGGCAGCAUCCAAUCAGAGGAGCCCACUGAUGGAGUAGCCAGUGAGAACCCUGUAAUUUCUCUUGAGUGUGAGGAAGCACACUGCUGGCUCAGAAAGGUUCCUGUGACCUCUUGCGCCAAAGACUCAAACUGCACCAUCUACAGUCAAGAAGGAGCAUUAUUCUGUAAGCUCACACAGGAGCUGCCGAGUGGAGAUGCACUUCUUGCAAUUCUGUCCUCCUCCAAUGAGGAUCAGUCGAUGGCGACUCAGACCCCCAGUGUGCUUGUGAAGGAGGAGCCUGAGUAUCCUGCAUCUCUGCACUCUGAGAUACAGCUUCUUCCACAACAGGCUGGCAUGGCUGCCAUCUUGGCAACUGCUGUCGUUAAUAAAGACAUUUUCCCAUGCAAAGACUGUGGGAUCUGGUACAGAAGUGAGCGAAAUCUCCAGGCCCAUCUUAUGUACUACUGUGCAAGCCGACAGAAGCAGCAGACUGGAGCUUCACCUCCACAGGACAAGCCCAAAGACUCAUACCCUAAUGAGAGGCUGUGUCCCUUCCCACAUUGCAACAAAAGCUGCCCCAGUGCAAGCUCCCUGGAGAUCCACAUGAGAACACACAGCGGAGAGCGUCCAUUUGUGUGUUUGAUUUGUCUGUCGGCUUUCACCACUAAGGCAAACUGUGAGCGACACUUAAAGGUGCACACGGACUCACCCAAUGGUGUGUGUCACGGCUGUGGUUUCAUCUCCACAACGCGAGACAUACUGUACAGCCACCUGGUCAUCAGCCACAUGAUUUGCCAACCUGGCUCUCGCAGCGAAGUGUACUCACCCAAACUCCCUCUGGUUACAGGCUUGAGUCCAGGAGACUCUGGCAUUGUUCUAAAAUGUCAGGUUUGUGGCUACUCUGCAGAUACACCUUCCCUUCUCCAACAGCAUGUCCACACACACCUGGAAGUGAGAGUUCCAGCUGAAAGGAGCCCCACGCCUCGCCAGAGCAGUCCUUUCUCCACUGAGCUCCCAGAGAUGCAAGAUAGAGAGCCUGCUGCCUGUGUGCCCAGACCUGACUCUUCCAGUCCUGGAGCCAAUGGCAGCUCAGCCACCUCUCAUGGCUGCAGUCCCUCUAACCCACUCAACAUCAAAGAGGAGCCAUGCUCAGACUAUGAAAACAACUCCAAGGAAGAAGAAAAACAAGUAGGUAGCCCUCAAAGAAAUGCAGUGGAGGCGAGCUCAUCUCAGUCCACUUCACAUAAAAGCCCCCUGGAGGUGGCAGUUAAGACAGAGCCCACUAGUCCCACCCCAGGUUCCAGUCCCAUACACCCAGAAACAGGGGGUUCAGUUCUUCCUGGAGGUGCUUUGUUCUUGCCGCAGUUCAUGUUCAAUUCUGAGGCUGCCAUAAUGCCACAAGCAUCUGAGAUUCUGGCUAAGAUGUCUGAGAUGGUUCACAGUAGGCUUAAACAGGGACAGGGACAAGCAGCUGGACAGCAUGGUUUCUUCUCACCUGGUUCUCCUGCCAGUGUUCCUAAGGGAGCCACUUGCUUUGAAUGUGACAUCACCUUCAAUAACAUCAACAACUUCUAUGUUCAUAAAAGGCUUUACUGCUCUAGCAGGCAUCAGCAAGGUGAGGCAGCAGGCCUGUUGAAGGAAGGGGCAGCUGCUGCAGCUGCACCCCCCGCUGCUCAUGCUGCUUCACCACAGGCCAGGCCAGUAAGCCGUGCCGCCUCUGAAUCUCCUAACUACUCUGAUCCUGCAACAGGAAGCACAACCUCAGAGCCUAAGUUAGUGGAAGUAAAAAGUGAGGAUCCAGGGCUGAAGGAGACUACUUGCUCCUCUUCCUCAGAGGGAGAGGGGGCUGGGGGAGGACAAGUCAGCGAGGGUAGCCAGAGUCCUAGUGGUUCUACUGAAGAUGCAGAUGAUGAUCCCACUCGUACCUUCUGCCAGGCCUGCAACAUUCACUUCAGCCGUCAUGAUAACUAUAUCGUGCACAAGAGGUUCUAUUGCGCUUCAAGACAUGACCCAACCAACCAGCGCUCUCAUUCUGGCAAGGCUGCCUUCUUGCCCCAGCCAGUACGCACUCGCAAGCGCAAGAAAAUGUAUGAGAUCCAUAUGGCUCAAAGUGAGGCUCUUGCUAAUGCUACCGCUUUAACAUCGGCAACAAGUCUGGGUGUGAAGCAGGAGGGAACCGGAGGCCCUUCCAUUCCUUCGCUAUCCCAGGUGUCCACUCCAACACGUGGCUCCAGUCCUGAAGGUGAUGGCCCUAUUGACUUGAGCAAAAGACCGCGAAUGAGAGAGAAUCAGAGGAGGAGUAGCAUUGCCGCUUUGCCCCUUACUGACUACCACAAAUGUACUGCCUGCAGUAUUAGCUUCAACAGCAUUGAGAACUACUUGGCCCACAAGUCCUACUACUGCCCUGCAACUACUCUGCAGCCUCAUACACUGGAAAAGCUGAACCGGCUGAAAAGACCUGCCUCCACCUCUCCCAAGAACCGAGCUGUGGACCUGCACCCUGAUGCAAAGGGGCAUCAGAUGGGUAAAACUGCAGCUGUUGCACACCCAUCUGCCUUACCAGGCCCAGAGUCAACCUCUCCUAACUCUACACAUGGAGCAAAGAUCCCCAGCACCUCCCCAGUGAUGUGUCCCUACUGUCCUUCCAAUAGACUGCUGACCUGUGAUCUGGUGGAGCAUUUUAAAACAGUUCAUGGUCUGGUGCUUGCACUAAAGCAGCAUCCUGAGACACCGACAGCUGGAGUCAGUCCCAGUCCUAGCCUUAGUCCACAUGAUGGAACCCCACUCAGCCCUCCUAAACCAAGCCCCUGUCCACGUAGAGACAGUGUCAAUGGCCGGAGUAUCAAGUUGGAGGCAACCUCUCCAUCCUCACCUGUGCUCAAUGGAAGCCCACUUGAACCCCAGUCUGUAGGUGCUGGUUCUCCAAAAAACACACCCCAUGGCAGCAUCUCCCCCACAGGAGAUUCUCUAACUGUGUCACCUAUGCCUGAAGCUGUAAGUGAGGUCGGGCAGAUGAGUCAUACCCCCAUCCCCUUACCCCUCCCUGAAAAAGUGGCCCUUGCUCUAAGCCAUGCCCAUCCAGCUCCAGCCACCCCCAAAACUUCCCUCGCCUCCCCUGUGCAGAAUGGGAACACACGCUAUUGCCGGCUGUGCAACAUCAAAUUUAGCAGCCUCUCCACCUUCAUUGCCCACAAAAAAUACUACUGUUCCUCCCACAGUGCCGAACAUGUCAAGUGAACCCUCAAACUAGUCAAUUCUGACAUUCCAAUCAUGCAUAGAAGUGCCAACCAUGGCACUGCCCAACCUGAUCUGGACAGAGUACAAUAGCGGGACUGUUGCUAGCCAGACACGGAGGGUCUCCGUGCCGACCCCAUUGUUUCUGGUGUUGUUACUAUGGUAACUUAUUACACGUUAUGGGUCAAGUUUGUAUUACACUAAAAGAUGAGACUACCUGCACAUAGAAUGUGCCCAACUGACCUAUUUCCAUAUCCCUGCAAAGUUCUUCUUUCACCCUUGAGUUUUAUCAUUCAUAUGAUGGAUCCUAAUUAUUUUGCAUUUUUCCCUUUAAUUAGCUAUGUGCAUGACCUUGGUUUAAAUAAUCAAUGGUAUUGUAUAUUGCUAAAAGAUUGUUCUCCUGAGCCAUACUUUUAUAUUUUUGUUUUAAAUCACUGAUUUGGGGUGAAUUCAAACCCUUAGUGGAGGUCGCUGUAUAACUUCACCUGCAAUUUUUUGUCAAAACACUGACUUAAAAAUAAAAUAAAUAAACCCAGUUGAAAUUGGUAUCACCAGGUUACUAGUUCAAGAUGAAAGAUUAAAAAAUUACAAAAAUGUGAAGCUAUUUAUCAUUUAUCACAUUGAGCAUUUCAUGUCUGAGAAAUACAACCUAGUGUCUUUAUAAAUAAAUAUUUUAUUGUUUUUUUUUCUCUCCAUACUGUCAGAAGGAACCAUUUCAAUCUUGGUGUGAUAUGUUUUCUUGGUUCUUGAAUAUGAAAAUGUGUCAUAUUUGACUUUUCGCAUUGAUAAUUGGGACAUAGAUCUGUAAGUGUAGUUCAAGUAUAAGAAGGCACUGUCUUACUAUUUGGUCAUGGCUCCUAGAAAUCAGGUGUCUCUUUGGAUGGAUCUUUUUACAUAACUGUCAUAAGGUUUUAGGGACUGGAUUUUGAACAGUGUAAGAAGUUUGUUUUGUCUUUGGUUACCAGCUACUUUGUCUCUGCUCCUAACACAAAACUUUCACUCAUUACUUAAAAUCUGAAAAUACUUUGACCUGCUGAAAGCAUGUCAUAUGUAAGAUACUCUACAAAUUUUACAUUCAGGGAAAUGCUUAGUGAAGUCAUGUUUGUUUGGCUCUUUUUAUUUCUCCUUUUUUAAAACCUGGAAAUGAAGUAUAGCAUAGAAAUUAUGCAUUUCAAUGUCUUGCACACUGGUGAGUGAUGUUGAAGGCCACUAAAAGCAGAGAAUUUACAACUGACUCAUAAAUAAAUUUGCAUUGCUUCUUAAAUUUCACUGGCAACUCAGUGCCCCUCUUCUCCUUCUCUUUCACUUGAUUUCUCUCUCUUUCUUUGAAUUUUGUAUUCUCUGACUCAGUGAUGUUUUAUUAUCGUCUGUAUGUGUGUGUGUGUGUGUAUGUUGAAAAGAACAGCGUCAUGCAAUCUAUCCUAAGCAGGCUACCUUGUCAAAGCCUUAACAAUGUCUCUCAAUAUGUCUGAAACAAUGGGUCACUUCCACAAUACUCCUCUCUCUCCCCUUCCAAGUGGACUUUGUAUAUGUUACCAGUGGUGUUUCCCAUUUCCUGUGUUACAAAAAGCUUCAGUCCUCUCUGUGGUAAAAACAGGAACACAUAAAACUGUAUGCGAAUGAGAACAGUUUUAAAUUCUCUCUGCUGUUGUGGGUUUGAAACAGUGCUGUACUCAUCAUAAAUUCACACAGAGGCGUUAUCAAUUGUUUUAUCAAUUAGAGACUGUCAAAAGUCCAAAAGCCCUGUGUUAAACCCCAAUUUUGACCUUUCAGAUCCCUUUUCUAUUGCACUGUGUUGUACAAAAAAUGCUAAAUGUUUUAGUUUUAGAAGGUUUUUUGUAAUGUAUUUAUGUUUUUAUAGCACUUUCCUUAAUCAUACCUAUCCCCAAGGACUUACUCGUUAAUUUAAAAUAUUCUAACAAAAGUUCAUUCAAAUGCUUUGUGGAAUAAUUAAAAAUGUUGAUGGAAAAUAAUGAAUGUCAAACUUUUGCGUUUUUUUUUUUUUUUUUUUUUUAUCUUUUUAUUUAAAUUUUUUCAAGCUACAAAAAGUUCCACUACACACUUGUCUAAACUAUG